CUCAUGAGGCGUGGGGGCGGGGCCUGCGUCGAGGGCGGGGCCUGCUGCGUCCGGUAUCCUAGCAACGGUCCUAGAGGGCUGUUGAGCCGCCUGGACCCCGCGGCUCCUGAAAUGGAGCCAGAAGUGUGGGACGCAAGCAAGCCCUUUACCAUAGAAGGCGACCACCUGAUUCCAGACCUGGACCUGUAUGAUGCCGACAUCUACGACGUCCCGGACCCGGGACUGCUCAACGAAGAGGAUGAGUCAUCGUUUAAGGAGGCGGCCCCACGGCUUUUUACCAGCAACUCUCGGUGGCAGAAUGUGACCCCGAGCGCCCGUGCUCGCCAGCUGUGGCUGCUCCUGCGUACAGGUCUCCAGACUUUGGUGGAAAAGGAAAAGAGAGCCGAGCUGCACGUGGCGCGCUUGACGCACGGGCUAGAGCUGCUGCGCCGCCUGGAGGUGGCAGCCGGGCUGUGUUCGGUGGCACAGGACCCCAUGGGCAGACGCUUCGUGGUGCUGGACGGUGCCGGCCGCCUGCACCUGCGCAGAGAGGAUGGCUGGGCACAAGAGAAGCUGCUAGCUCCGGUCGCGCUUACAGGGCUGGUGGCAGUGCCGGGCGAGCUGGGCACUGUGGGCCGCUUUGUGGGCUGGGGCCCAGCGGGGUUGGCCAUAUUAAGGUCCGACCUCAGCCUGCUGUGGCAGAGUAAGCCAGUGGAGCGCAGGGUGCCAGGCCGCGAGCCAGUCUGCUGCCUGCCGGUGCCCGACGCCGGGCUGCUGCUGGUGGCGGAGGCGGGCAGAAGCCUGGUGCUCUGGAAGUUCCGUGCAGGGGGUCGCUGCCUGGUUCCCCGUGGGUCCCCUCUGUGGCUGCCGCCAAACCUCUCGGGUGCGCUUGCGCGUCUGGCUCUCGGGCCUCAGCAUCCCCCUCACGUCCCACGCUGCUGCGCAGCCUACGGCUCAGCCGUGCUCACCUUUGAUCUGCACACCUGGGCUGUCACAGAUGUGCGUCGGGAUCUGCACAAAACCACCAUCUCCGACCUGGUGUACUGUAGAGAGGUGGGGGCCAUGGUGACAGCUUCUCGGGACAGCACGGUGAAGGUGUGGGAGGCUGACUGGCAGAUCCGGAUGGUGUUCGUGGGACACACAGGCCCGGUGACUGCGGUGGCCGUGCUCCCGAACACGGCCCUUGUGCUGUCGGCUUCUCAAGACGGGACGCUGCGCACGUGGGACCUGCAGGCAGCGGCGCAGGUGGGUGAGGUGGCGCCGAGCCGCCGGAGCCCGAGCGUGCCGUCGGAGACCGUGAGGCAUCUGCUGGCUCCCGCCGGCCCCGGCUGGCCCUUGCUCGCCUUGCGCGCCCGCAGCGUGGAGCUGUGGCGCGUGCGGGAGCUCUACUCGCCAUUGGCCCAGCUGUCGGCGCCGGUGCUCCACCUGCAGGUGGCGCCGGCGCUGCCCUCGCCCAUGGCCCCGCAAGCGCAGCUGCCCACGCGCCUCGUGUGCGCCUGCGCCGACGGCUCGGUCUACCUGGUGUCGGUCUCCAGUGGACGCACCGUGAGCGCGCUUCUGCUGGAGCCUGAGGACUGCGCGGCCGCCGUGGCCUACUGCCUGCCCCGCGAGGUGCUGUGGCUGAUGACGCGCGCCGGGCACCUGCUGUGUGCCAAUGCAGCACGCUGCCCCAUGCGCGUGCUGCACCGCCUGUGCCCGCCGCCGCCCCCGGCGCCCCGGCCUUGCUGCCUGCAUCUCUACAGCCACCUCACGGAUCCCGGGAGCGCGUUUGCCGCCUGGGAGAUAGUGCGCCAGUACAAGGGCGAGCUGUGCCGCAGUGACGUGGCCGGGGCCUGGAAGGACAAGAACCGGUGGGUGCCGGAGCCAGCCAGGGUUGGGCAAGGCGGCCGGGUCCACACCAACAGGCUGUGGUCACCCAUAGGUACCUGCUCGUGGUGGGGCACACUGAUGGCACCCUGUCCGUACUUGAGUUGCGCUCCUCGAAGACGGUCUUCCGUACGGAGGCGCACGGCCCAGGCCCCGUCACCGCCAUUGCGUCCACCUGGAACAGCAUCGUGUCCUCCGGUGGGUACCUCUCCUCCCUCCACGGCCGGCCUGGGAACCCCUUCCCUCCCCAAAGGCCCCACUGUGGCUCCCGUCCCCACAGGGGGAGACUUGACCGUGAAGAUGUGGCGCGUCUUCCCGUAUGCCGAGGAGAGCCUGAGCCUCCUGCGCACCUUCUCCUGCUGCCGCCCGGCGCUGGUGCUCUGCGCCCUCGGGAAUCGCAUCACCGUGGGCUUCGAGGACCUGAACAGCGCCACCUAUGGCUUGGUGCAGUUUGGCCUGGGCAACAGCCCUCGCUUUGAUCACCGGCCCCAGGACGACCCCACGGACCACAUCACCGGCCUGUGCUGCUGUCCCACACUCAAGCUGUACGCCUGCUCCAGCCUGGACGGCACCAUCCGCAUCUGGACCGCGGAGAACCGCCUGCUGCGGCUCCUGCAGCUGAACGGUGCCCCUCAGGCCCUGAGCUUCUGCAGUAACCGUGGGGACCUGGUGCUGGCCCUGGGCUCCUGCCUCUGCCUGGUGGCCCACAGGCUCUACCUGCCCACAUCUUACCUGAUUAAGAAGCUGUGCCAGGAUGUCCCUGAUGUGGUGGAUGACCCUCCACUGCCGCUGACCAGCCAGGAGUCGCUGACCUCAGCCCAGCUGCAGAGGCUCGCCAGCCUGCGCGGGGUGGCCAGCCUCAGCACAGCCUCGUCUUUCAUCCGCUGCCCGACGGCCACACCUCAGCAGCCAGUGUUGGAGAAGGACUUGGAAGCCUUCAUUGCCCGGGACCAAGACCUUCAGCAGCUGAAACUGGGGCUGGUGGGCCCUGCAGCCCGGCCCUCACCCUCCUGGCAGCAGUGCCAGGAGGCCUUUGAUAACUACCUCCGUCUGAUUUAUGGCCCUGGUCUGCUGGUGAGUGUGGGGCCUCCCCAGUCCCUCCCUUCACCCGGAGCCUCUGACACUGCCCGUCUGCCCUGCCCUCCCUGCCAGGGCAGGUAUUCCGGAGGAGAGUCCCAGCAGUGGAGCACCGUGACCCUCACAGUGGAGAGACAGACCUGGGACAUGUGCGCCCUGCCCAGAGACGUCCCCGAUCUCGGGGGCGUUGAAGCCUCGCCACCACAGGAUCUUGGGACCCUGGGCCAGCGCUUUGCCCGACCACCCCAAGUCCCCUUGCCUCCCCCCACCACCCACCGGAGAUUGCACAGCAGAGCACCCCAGCUGCUGGCCCGCUCCUCCCCGAGCCACGAACUGGGCCUUAGUCUGCAACUGCAGCUGCAGUUGGAGCGGCUCCACGGGGAGAAGCCUGUGGCCCUGGAUCCACUGUCCUCCCACCUGCAGCGCAGGAUCCCCCUGCUGCUGAAGAGGCGGCCCCAGGAGCAUCUCUCCAACCCCAGGGGCUUCUUCCCUGCCGCUGUUCAGCCCUAUGAGAUGCCCAGACAGGCCCAGCCCCUUCUCCCCACACAUCUGGCACUCUUACCUUCCCAGUACUGGCGGCGGCCCAUCCGCUUCCCGGGCUGCGUGCCCAACUCGGUGGUGCUGCAGCAGAUGUGGCUGCCUGUGGAGGUCAGCGGCCUCGGAGCCCUGGGCCCGCGCCGCUGCGAGAGCAAGCCUGGAGGGAGCCGGGACGACCCGUGGCUGCCGCGGCAGGAGAAGCUGACCCAGUUGUUGGGAGGGGAGGGGGAGGAGGAGGGCGAGCAGGGUCUGGACUGGGCCUCGGACUCGCAGCGCCGCCACACGCAGCUCUCCGACCAGCUGCCGGAGCAGGAAGCUCAGAGCCCCGAGGGUCGCAUCCCGAAGCCCAUGGGCUCCCGCGAGGACACCGCCAGGGCCGAGACCUGUCUUCACUGCCCCCAGUUCCACUACGGGCACUCGCUCUGGGAAGAGCGCUGCGGGCAUCUGCCUAGGUUCCUGCUUUUUUUCGUCGGCCAGAACUGGUUCAAAAAGCUCUUCCCCAUCUUCACUCUGCAGGCGUACCCCGAGGUGGGCACGGUGGAGGGCCUGGCCUCGCUGUUCAUGGACCUGCUGGACGAGGCCUCUUGGGCAGACCGUGUGCACAUCCUGCACGCGCUGCUGAGGCUGCUGCCCGACGUCAGCAGAGACCUCUGUAGCCGGCUGCACGGCAUCCUCGUGCGCUUGCUCAACCUGGACCAGCCCCCCAGCCUCCAGGACAGGAUGCAGAAGCAGUUUGUGAUGCUGGCGCUGCAGCUGCUCCGGGCCUGCUCCCUGGAGUCCCGCGAGGUGGUGCUGGAGCUCCUGUGCUACGUCCUUUACUCGCCAGCCUCCUGCUGGCCGGACCUCAGGAAGCUGCUGGAAGGACUCGGCCUUCAGGACCCGCACGGCCUCCUGUUCAAGGAGAUGAUGACCUGGGUCCAGGGCCCGGAGCGCGCCUCCAAGGCCGCACUGCGCAAGCGCUGCUGCCAGAAGCUGGAGGAGAUGGUCGGGCAGCUGAAGCAGAUGGAAACUGUGCCGCCAUCUGUAGCCAAGUCGUCAGAGAUGCUGCCCGAGGUCUCAGAGACCUCAGCACUUCACCCUCCUUCGAAGGAGACCCUGUCGCAGAUUUCCAUGGUCUCUGGGGCAACUGUUCAUAUCUCUGUGAUGCCCUCAAGCGUCUCCCGGACGCCCUCACCGGUGGUCUCACCCGGAGAGCCGGACUUGGCCGCCCUGGAGUUGCAGGCCCAGCAGACGCUUGCACAGAUGCGCUUUGGGCGGACCCAACGUGCACCGUCUGGGACAGUGACGCACUUGGGCCCCUUGCCUGAGGCCCACUUGGGAUCCUCCGCGCCAGCUGCGCUGCCCGAUGAGCCACUGCCUCUGGAGCAGACGACCUGGUCACAGUCAAAACUGCUGGACCUGGGGCCCAUCAACGCACUCAACUGCUUCUGCGAGCAGCGUGGGGCUCGGCAGCAGGACCCCCUGCAGGAGGAGCCCAAGACCCCGCCCCCUCGCCCGCCCCCACGGACGCCCAGCGUGGUGGUGCCACAGCCCCGGGAACCCCGGCACUACUCCAUCCUCCGGCUUCAGGAGGCCAAGGUCCAGAGGUCCCCAAUGAAACCGAGGGGCCGAAUGCUGUCCCGGCUCUGGGCGGGCCGCACCCUGGAUGGUGCCGUCCGGAUGCUGAAGCUGCCGCUGCCCCGGGUGGAACUGCAGCCUUUCCCCCCAGACUGGCCCAGGCCGGCCCAUCCGCUGCCCCCGCAGCUCCUGCAGCCUGCCCUGCAACGCUACUUUCUGCCAGAUGACACGGACCCUGACAGCUACAGCUGAGCUGGCUGGUGACCCUGGCCUGACCCUGCCUCCCCCUUUUCCCUCCAGCAUGGAGUCAGGACAUGGCUCUCCAGCCGGCUGUUCACCCCAGCCAAGGCCCAGGGCCCGAAUAAAGUCCAGAGGCCACGGCCAGCUCACUUUCACCUUUGGGGGCCCCUGAUGUGGGCGAGGGGGGGCUCUGGCUGGUGUGUCACGAACCUGCUGGUGGCCAGCUGCAUGUGUGAGGCAGGAGCUGGGGGACUGGUGGGGUCUGGGAUGGGACAGGGUCUGGGCUCGGGUCAGCACGUGGUAGAGCAGCGUUCUCGGUGCGGGAGGGCCUGUCUGCCCAGAGAGGGAAACUGCCGCACGGGCGUGGCCCUGCUCAGGCACUCAGCCACGGUGCUCAGGAGGGGAGGGGGAGACUAACGGGUGGGCCGGGGAGAGGGGAGGGUCUGGGUGGUCGCAGGUGUGUGUGGGGGAGCUUGCAGUCAUUUGAUGCAGGUGAAACCAGGAGUCGGUCGGAGCUUUGCUACCUUUAGGCUGGAAAGGAGAAAAAUUAAUGAAGAGGCCCCGUCUGCUUUAUCCGAGAAGCAGUAAAGAGGCAGUGUUCUCUGGACCUUUCAACCUAAAAGUCACCAGGAGAUUCACCUUGUCUGUGAAGCACGGGGUCUCGGGGCCUCGGCCUUCUUCUGAACUGCCGUGACCUCAAAGGGCACUGACCCAACCACACGUGGAGCCCACGUGCGCACUUACUAGGACGGCUUUUGUGACGGGCCUGUUCUAGCUUUCUGUAUCCUGCUGCUGGGUUGCCUGAGCAGCGAUCUCUUUCCUGUAUUUUCAGCCUCUGACUUUACACAUUUCUGCUCAAUGGCUUUGUGGUUAAAAUUGGUCUCCCACGCCUUUCCCACAGCCCCUAACCUGCGCAGGGGCUCUUGUCACAGGGCUGCUGAGUGGGCCGCUCUUUCCUAGGCCAAGGAGGGCCAGCAGUGCCAGGUCCAGAUAACUGAAAAACUUGACGUUUUUAUAAAAGGAACUGUACCUGCUACAACAAGGACUGAGGCCCGUAGUAGCCUGCAUCUACUGGUGUUUCUAUGUUUCGAAUUACAGAAGCAAUAAAUGCUUUAAAAAAUACA